AUGGGCGCUCUGAUCCUGCAGCUGUGUGCUCUUCUAUGCCUGGGGGCUCACUGGGUUUCUGGCAGCCCCAUCAUGAGCCUGGAGCAGUCUCCUCUGGAAGAAGACAUGCCUCUCUUCGACGAUGUCUUCUCAGAACAAGAUGGAGUCGACUUUAGCACUCUGCUGCAGAGCAUGAAGAAUGAGUUUCUCAAGACAUUGAACCUGUCUGACAUCCCCAUGCAGGAUUCAGGCAAGGUUGACCCACCAGAGUACAUGUUGGAACUCUACAACAAAUUCACAACAGACCGUUCCUCCAUGCCAUCUGCCAACAUCAUCAGAAGUUUCAAGAAUGAAGAUUUGUUUUCCCAACCAGAUAGUUUUAAUGGGCUCCGAAAAUAUCCUCUGCUCUUCAAUGUGUCUAUCCCUCACCAUGAAGAGGUAAUCAUGGCUGAACUCAGGUUGUACACACUGGUGCAAAGAGAUCGCAUGAUAUUUGAAGGAGUGGACCGGAAAGUUACCAUUUUUGAAGUACUAGAAGGCAAAGAGGACAAUGAGGAGGAAAGAAGCAUGCUUGCUUUGGUGUCUGGGGAAAUCUAUGGAACUAACAGUGAGUGGGAGACUUUUGAUGUUACUGAGGCCAUCAAACGUUGGCAAAAGUCAGGCCCAUCCACCCAUCAGCUGGAGGUCCACAUUCAGAGCAGACAUGAUGAAGCUGAAGACACCAUCAAAGGACAACUGGAAAUAGACACCAGUGCCCAGAAUAAGCAUGUUCCUUUGAUUGUAGUGUUCUCAGAUGACCAAAGCAGUGACAAGGAGAAGAAAGAGGAACUGAAUGAAAUGAUCUCACAUGAGCAACUUUUGGAGUUAGACAAUGUGGGGCUGGAUGAUUUUUCCAAUGGACCUGGUGAAGAGGCUCUUCUGCAGAUGAGGUCAAACAUCAUUUAUGACUCCACUGCCCGCAUCAGAAGGAAUGCCAAGGGAAAUUAUUGCAAGAGAACCCCACUCUACAUUGACUUCAAAGAGAUUGGUUGGGACUCUUGGAUCAUUGCUCCGCCUGGAUAUGAAGCCUAUGAAUGUCGCGGUGUUUGCAACUAUCCACUUGCAGAGCAUCUCACACCCACAAAGCAUGCAAUUAUCCAGGCCUUGGUCCACCUCAAGAAUUCCCAGAAGGCUUCCAAAGUCUGCUGUGUGCCCACCAAGCUAGAGCCCAUCUCUAUCCUCUAUUUAGACAAAGGUGUUGUUACCUACAAGUUUAAAUAUGAAGGGAUGGCCGUGUCUGAAUGUGGCUGUAGAUAG